CGUAAGACAGAGAGAGAGAAAGAGACAUAAUAGAGAGAGAAAAGGGAGAUAGAGAGAAUAUGGAUAAUAAUUUGCUGCCCACCAAGAUGAGAACACAAAACUGACCUCUCCCUCGCUCAGUUAGAUGUGGGACGCGGUAGGGGGUGGACGUACAUUCUCUCCCUCUCUUCUCCCCCUCAGAAAGACUUUAGUGGAGACAUUGACAAAGAGAGAAGAGUUAGAGCUGCAAGGGAGAGUGGAGUUAGAGGCGUGAAGAGCAGUGUUAGCGUUGAGAGAAGUGGAGGUUAGUGCGAAGAUGUGAUAUUUGUAAGUGAGUGAACACGUGUGGGUAUACUACUACAACUACUACUACUACUACUACUACUACUGUUGGUUAUUAUGUGAUGACGUGACCCGGGAUGACCUGACCUGACCUGACCUGGAGAGAGAGAGAGAAGGAGAAAAAGAAUAAAAGAAAAAAUAGGAAACUAGAAGAAGAAAAGAAGAAAAGGAAAAAGAAAAAGACUACUACUACUACUACUACUACUACUACUACUACUGAUACUACUAUUACAACCAUGGCACACAACACCAAACCACGACUACUACUACUACUACUACAACCACUACUACUACUACUACUACUACCAUCCCCAGCCCAAGCUAGUGACUACUACGAUGUUUAUGACUACGACUACAGCUAUGGAGACGAACGCUUCUUAUACGACGGUGAGGUGCUGGCAGGGGACAACAAGGUACUACAAGCGGCCAGCCAUGUCGUAGCUGCCCCUGCCGACCCCCAGUCCUCCCCUGGCGCCGGCAACCCUGGGGGGAGUAUAGACAACCAGCGCGCCCUGCCAGAGAUGCCCCUUUGCUGCCCUCUCGACACCAUCUAUGAGGUCGGCCAGAACUGUUCAUCACCACCGGCGGGCUGGGAGUGGCGGCCGCAGCUCUCGGGCGAACCAGCCGCCAACUUCAUGUACACUGGAUUCCCCAAGUGCAAGGUUGGGGAGCCCGUUCCGUUCCACCAGAAGGAUGUGUUUUUCAACGAUGGCGAGGCCUUCGUGCCAAACUUCAUCCAGCUGGACCCCAUACCCAAGGAGAAGUACUGUGUGGCCAAGGUGUACGACAGGGCGGACCCCGAGGAGUGUGAGGUCCACCGCACCAAGGUGUUCGUGUGCCUGGAGAAGAAGCAGGAGGAGCCUGGCCUGUACUGGACCGGCGUAGGCAUAGCACACACCCUGCUCUUCCUCACCCUGCUGUCCUUCUUCUCCGUGCGGGACCUGCGGUGCCUGCAGGGCCAGUACAUGAUCUGCUUCCUCAUCUCCCUGCUGGUGUACAACAUCUGCCUCCUGCCCGGCUCAGUCCUCAUCCUCAGCAUCAGUUUUGUCUCCUGCGUUUCCCUCGGUGCCGUCAAGUACUUCUUCUUCUGUGGCGUGAUGCUGUGGUUCAACGUCAUCUGUUUCGACGUGUGGCGGACCAUGAAGAACAGGCAGGACGUAGGGUCGCGCCGCCGUUUCCUCCUCUACUCCGUCUACACAUGGGUGGUUGGUGCGGUGCUGACCACGGCGGUGUUGGUGGUGCCCUACCUCAGCGGCAAGACCCACGACUCAGCCCUCAUGGAGCCCAACACCGCACACUGCAAGCUGAGGACGGACAUCAACAUGAUUCUACAGUUGGUUGAGGUUCUGUUGAUGCUGGUGAACCUGGUCUUCCUGUCCCUCGCUGCAUCACACAUCUGCCGAUACCCCAAAUUUGGCAACGGUCUGCAACGCUGUGAUGCUUCCCUGAGCCUCAAGCAGGGGUGGAAGCUCUACAUCAUUAUGAUCUGCCACACGCUCAUCGACGUACCGGACGACAUCUUCACCAUCAAGGUUGUCGAUCUAUGGCGAUACGUCCUGGUGGAGUCGCUGGCCCUGUUCGCCGUGUUCGCCUACCGCAAGAGUGUUCUCCGCCACCUCCACCAGACUCUAUGCUGCGGACGGUGCUCCCCGCGCGCCCCUGACGAGGAGGAGGCCAACGGAGCCAUCCCGGAGAAGCAUCAGCUGACCACCACGCACUGAAGGAGGGGCUGAAGGAGGGUGUGAUGUAGGAAGGAAGGAAUGAAGGAGAGGGAUGGGAUGAGGAUUUUUUUAGGAAGAUUUGCGUUGUGAAGGAAGGAAAGAAGGAAGGAAAGGAGGAAGGAAGGAAGGAAGAAAGAAAAGAAGAAAGGAAGGAAGGAAGGAAGGAAGGAGGGAAUAUAAGGUUAGUGUAGAGAAUUAAGUAGGUAGAGAGAGAGAGAGAGAGAGAGAGAGAGAGAGAGAGAGAAUGAAGGAGGAAGAGAAGGAGAAAAAGACAAAAAAAAGGAGAAAUUAGACCUUAUAAAAUUAAUAUAGAAAGAGAGAGAGAGAAGGAAGAGGAAGAAGAGGAGGAGGAGGAAGAGGAAGAAGAAGAAGAAUGCAAACUAAAAAAAAGAGGAAAGAAAAAAACAGACCUUAUAAAAUUAACAUAGCAAGAUAGGAAGAGAGAAGAAGGAAGAGGCAGAGGAAGAAGAGGAGGAGAAGGAGGAGGAAGAGCUAAGAGAGAGAGAGAGAGAGAGAGUUACCCCAUGCAUUUAUAUAACUAGAUUCUCAUAUAUUAUUAUUAUUAUUAUUAUUUUUAUUCCCAACAUUAUUUCUGUCAAGUUCCUACGACAUGCAUUUCCGAGUCAGUAAUCUUUUUCUUAAUUCGUUGCAUUUAUAGUCGGGAAAAGUGAGUCUUCCGUGUCCUUACUAGCUCCUGCGAUCCUCUCCCUCUCCGCACCUUUCACUGCGUUUCUUGUGUCGUAGGUCCGUAAGGGAAGGGCGUCAGAUCUCUCGUAGCAAUUCUAGUUAAUUUUUAUGCAUUUGUAGUCAGAAAGUUAAGUUCUCCAUAUCGAUAUCCAAUUCGUAUAGUAUUCCGAUUCUCUCCUUCCUCUCGGCUUGGCUCGGCACACGUCCUUGGUCAUAGUGGCAUAAGAGAAUGGAGUCUUCUAUUUCAUCCACAUCUUACUAAAUUUUUUUUGUAUUUAUUGUCAUCUGAUGUGGAAUAGAUGAGAUCCUCUCCUUCCUCUGAGCUUCCAUUACGCUUCCUCGAUCGUAGUGACAUAAGUGAAGGCCUUAGAUCUCUCGUAACCAUUUCUAGUGACGGGCGGAGAGAAGCCAUAGCAUCAUAACACUAGGGUAUGUUAUAUUAGACCAAGGAUGUCAUAGGGGUUUAAUGUACGUGUGUGUGUAGGUACGUAACAGUGUCGGUGGUACCCUAGAGGCCUUACUGUUGUCAUUACGGAGAGAUGAAUAGAACACAGACAUGACGAGAGGUGUCCAGGUCUCGGUACUCCUCGUAAACCCGCAUUCCGCCCUACGUAACGUGUCCAAACAUGCUCAAACGUGUCGUGGUGUCGUAGCCUAAACAGUCGCAGGUCUUUCAUUCAUACGCGUUGCCAUGACGAUACGGAGUGACCCAGAAAGCAUUGCCAUAUGUACGAGAGGUGUGUGUAGUUUACGUAUAGUUGUUGUUUUUUGUGGUUUUCGGUUACGUAUGAAGCAUUUUUGAGAGUUCGAGUGUAUGUAUUUUCUCUGUAUGCGUUGCCAUGACGAUACGUAGCCACAGAACACAUUGCCAUAUGCCCUAAGCCAGAUUGCCAUACGUCAGCACCUUGUAUUUCCAUGUAUGUCAUUUCAGUGGUGAUGUGUCAUAUGUAUUUCCUAUGUGUUGCCAUGACAGUACGUAGACUCAGAACACAUUGCCAUACACCCUCACAGCCAGACAGAGUAUUGCCAUAAGUCCAAACCUUGUAUUUCCGUAUAUGUCAUUUCGGUGGCGAGGUAUCAUACAUAUCUCCUCUAUGCGUUGCCAUGACAAUACAUAGUCACCAUUGCCAUACGUCCUCACAGCCACAGAAAGCCUUGCCAUACAUUCGAACACUGUAGAUUUACGCGUGAUGCAUUUUUUGGGGGUGUUCGUAUAUCUCGGCUGCCGUGUUCCCAUGACGAUUCAAAGUGACAGACAGCAUUGCCAUACGUCCGAACAGUAUAUUUUUACGUAUAGCACCCGUGUAUGUCGCCUCCGUUACGUAUGAAAGUCCCGUGUAGCUACUCUAAAAUACGUGUGUGAGUGAGGUAUGUCUUCCGUCAGCGUAUGAAGUGAGGGCGUAAUCUGUCCCCCUGCCCCACGCGUAUGCCCAGCCAGAAACGUGUGAAUUUUACCCGUAUUCAAAGUGCCUUUUGGACUGACUCAAUCAUACGUGUUCUGCCAUGGUUUCCGAAUACGUCUGAAGAAUUUUUCGUAUGAUGGAUUUGGAUGACGGACUUGUAUAUUUCCGUGUAUGUGAACCAGAAACGUAUGAAUUCAACCCGUAUUCAAAGUGCCUUUUACGUAUACAUGGACUGACUCAACCAUACAUAUUCUGCCAUAGUUUCCGAACACGUAUGAAGAAUUUUUCGUAUGAUGGAUUUGGACGCAGUGUAUAUUUCCAUGUAUGUGAACUAGAAACGUAUGAUUUUAACCCGUAUUCAAGUGCCUUUUACGUAUACAUGAACUCAGCCAUACGUGUUCUGCCAUGGUUUCCGAAUACGUAUGAAGAAUUUUUCGUAUGAUGGAUUUGGACGCAGUGUAUAUUUCCAUGUAUGUGAACCAGAAACGUAUGAUUUUAACCUGUAUUCAAGUGCCUUUUACGUAUACAUGGACUGACUCAACCAUACAUAUUCUGCCAUAGUUUCCGAAUACGUAUGAAGAAUUUUUCGUAUGAUGGAUUUGGACGCAGUGUAUAUUUCCAUGUAUGUGAACUAGAAACACAUGAUUUUAACCUGUAUUCAAGUGCCUUUUACAUAUACAUGGACUGACUCAACCAUACAUAUUCUGCCAUAGUUUCCGAAUACGUAUGAUGGAUUUGGACGAAGGUAUGAAAUUGACCCGUAUUCAAGUGCCUUUUACGUAUACAUGGACUGACUCAACCAUACACAUUCUGCCAUAGUUUCCGAGUACGUAUGUCCGGCAACUGUGUACAUAGCCUCAAGUAAUUAUUUUUUAUUAUUUUUUUUUUAUAGCAGAGGAGACAGUGCAAGGCCGUAAGAAAAGCCCGCUACUUACAGCUCCUAAUAGCCGUGUGAAUGCCGUAUUAAGUGCCGUGUGAAGUGCCGUAUGUGCUGAAGAUGUCCAAGUGCCUUACGUGUUACGAGUCGUGGGUUUUUUACGUAUGAGAGAUGAGGGAUGAUGACCGUGUAUUCUCGUAGUGGUGCCGUAUGGAGUGUCGAUUACUGUGUGCAUUUUAAUACGUAUGCAGGAGUGACUUUUUUGUGUAUUUCGUAUUUGGGGGAGUUAGGUUAUGUCAUGUAUGGUCACCCCCCCCCCCCCUCCCCUCCUCAUCCCCUCCUUUUUCUCUUUUUUUUCUCUCCAUCUUUCUUUCUCCUUAUUUUUUAUCUCUCUCUUUUUCCUCCUUUCUUUGUUUCUCUCUCUUUUCUUUCCCCCUUUACCAUUUUUCUUCUUUUUUGUCCUCUCUCUCUCUCUCUCUCUCUCUCUCUCUCUCUCUCUCUCUCUCUCUCUCUCUCUCUCUCUCUCUCUCUCUCUCUCUCUCUCUCUCUCUCUCUCUCUCUCUCCGCCUCCCUCCCUCCCUCUCUCUCCUCCCUUCCCUCCCCUCCCUCCCCGUUAGCUUAGUCUCAACACCUACAACAUGUGAUAUAAAGCGUAGGUGAUUUUAGCAUAUUAUUAUUAUCAUUAUUAUUAUCAUUAUUAUCAUCAUUAGGGUCGGUGUCAUGCAUUCCAUAUCUAGGUGCAGUUCCUAUGGUCAGCUUGUGUUAGUGCCUGCCUGGUAUUUGGUGUCACGGUGGUUGGACUUUGUUACGAGGGUUUUUAUGUCGCCUGUAAUUUCGUCUGUAGCAGGGAUGGAGUGUUGGUAUUCAGAUACAUUGGAAUACUGUAUUUUGCUGUAUUUGUAUUUGUAUUUUUUUUUUUUUUUUUUUUUACAGCAAAGGAGACAGCUCAAGGGCACAAAAAAGUAAACAUUAAUAAAAAAAGCCCGCUACUCGCUGCUCCUAAAAAGAAUCCAAAGAAGUGGCUGAAAGAGAGGUCAGUUUCGGGAGGAUUUGAAUUAUUAUUGAUACAAGUUAAAGUAUUAAAACCAUUUCACUGUAUUCGAAUUCAUAUUAGUAUUUGUUGGAAUUUGAAGUAUUCAUAUUGGAACACACAACUCUGGUAUUCACUCCAUGCCUGUUCUAUAGCCAUAACUCUGUAGCCUCUUAUUAAUGUCAUUAUUGUUAUUAUUAUUUUCAUUUUUAUAUUAUUUUUGGAAGUUUUCAGACAGUCUGGGUUAGCGUUUCAGUAUUCUCCUUCUCGCUGUUCACCUCCUUAUUGUUGUAUGACAGUAUUUGUCUGUAGCCAACCUUCUUUUGUAUUGUAUUAUUGUUAUUUUUAUUAGUAGUAGUUGUGUUCCUUUCAUCCGUAGAUUCAUGAGCGUUACGACGUUUGUUUUGCAUUUGUUUUUCUCUCUCGUAUGUGUGUGUGUGUGUGUGUGAGAGAGAGAGAGAGAGAGAGAGAGAGAGAGAGAGAGAGAGAAGAUCCCCUCUCUCUCUCACGUCCAUGACAAAAAAGGUUCAAAAGAAAGAAAGAAAAUUAGAGAAAAAAAAAUAUACUCUGGAUUUCCAUGACAGAGAGAGAGAGAGAGAGAGAGAGAGAGAGAGAGAGAGAGAGAGAUAAUUACAUAGAUUUACAUAGAAAAUCAGACCACACAGACCCCAUGGUCCAGACUAGGUGGUCUGUCCUUAAACCUAAGUGAAUCUACGCUAAUCAGAUGGCUACAAGAGAGAGAGAGAGAGAGAGAGAGAGAGAGAGAGAGAGAGAGAACACAGCCAUGACAAACAAGAAAAUAAGAUUGAAAGACAGUAAUAAAAUCUUGCCAUAAUAGAAUCAAGAAAAUAACAACAACAACAAGUGCCAUAGAAGAAGAAGAAGAAAAAAAAAAAGAAGAAGAAGGGGAAGGAAAAGAAGAAGAAAAGACAAGAAGAAAAUGAAAACUGUGAGUGCCAAGAAAAGCCAUGAAGAAAAAUAAGAGACGAAGAAAAUGAAGAAAAAUAAAUAAAUGUGAAGAAAAGGAAGAAGACAAGGAGGAAGAAGGAAGACAAAAGAAGAAAAGAAAUAAAAGGAGGAAAACAGAAGAAGAAAAAGAAAGAAGAAAAGGAAGACAAAAGAAGAAAAAGAGAAGAAAA